UCUUGUGCUUCAUUUGCCUCUCUACCAUGAAGUCUAAUAGACUCUAUCUCUUUUUGUUGGAGACUCUGGUCCUGACAGAGACCUGGGCAGGCUCACACUCCCUGAGGUAUUUCUAUACCGUCGUGUCUCAGAGUGAGCUCAGGGAGCCGCGAUUCAUCUCCGUGGGCUACGUGGACGAUCAGGAGUUCGUGCGCUUCGACAGCUACAGCGAGAGUCAGAGGUUGGAGCCGCGGGCGCCCUGGAUGGACAAGAUGGAUGAGGAGGACCCGGACUACUGGGAGCGGAACACGCAGAUGGUCCGGAAGGACGCCAAGAUUAACAUAGAAUACCUGGAGACCCUGCAGGGCCUCUACAAUCAGAGCGAGGGAGGGAUUCAUAUUCUCCAGAAAAUGUUCGGCUGCGAGGUUUCCGCGAAUGGCAACUUCAGGCGCGGGUUUAAAAGAUUUGCCUACGAUGGGCACGAUUACCUCUUCCUGGACACCGAGACUUUCACGUGGAUGGCGUCGGUGCCCGAGGCUGUGUACACCAAGCGCAGUUGGGAGGCCGACGGAAGCUUCCAGGAGAGACAAAAAGCUUAUCUGGAGGAGGAGUGUGUGUUAUGGCUGCACAAGUACCUGGAGAUCGGAAAGGAUGCCCUGCUGAAGACAGACCGACCUUCUGCAGGAGUGACCCAUCACCAGUACCGCAAAGGGGAGGUGACUCUUCGGUGCAGGGUCGAGGGCUUUUACCCUGCUGACAUCUCACUGACUUGGCUGAGGGAUGGAGAGGAACAGCUUCAGGACGUGGAGUUCAUCGAGACCAGGCCUUCUGGGGAUGGAACUUUCCAGAAGUGGGCAGCUGUGGAGAUGACCUCCGGUCAGGAAGACAAAUAUACUUGCAGAGUUCAGCACAAGGGACUGUCUGAGCCCCUCACCUUGACAUGGGAAUCACACUCCAUCGGCAGGAUCAUUUGUCUGAUUGUGGGGAUUGUCAUUGCUGUUGCCCUCCUCUCUGUUGCAGGAGUUUGUCUCUGGAAGAAAAUGAAUGAAGGUUGAAAAGGAGGGUACUAUGUUUAGAGACCGAUCUGCCGUUCCUAUAUAUUUUACCUGUGGUUGAUAACCUGAUAAGGAGAAGGGAGACUGAAGGAAAUGGGUGAAUAAUGAAGACUCAGAGACAACAAGUUAAAACAUGUGGGGAGUCGUGAUCUCCGUGAAUAUUUCCCAUUGACAAGUGUGCCAGAGAAUUAAUGGGAAAUAUGAGGAAUAAGAAAACACGUGGGGAGUAAAAACUCCUUAAUGCCUCCUAUGGACAAGAGUAUCAGAGGAUUAAUAGGAAGCAUGGGGGCGAUAGCGUCACGAGAAAGGAGAGGUUAGGAGGAACAAUAUAGAAAAGAGCAAUCAGAAGAUCCAGAGAUGUAUGAGAGAGAUUUGCGCCUGUUCCCCAGUAUUUAUUGAAGGUUUUAGGAAUGUGGAUUGGGAGGUGAUCAAUGAAUAUGUAACAUGGCAUAGGUUUUAACAUUGGUUGAAUUGACAAUGAGGAGAGAUCAGAGAGGUAGAGAUUAACCUGACAUGCAGCUUGUAAAGGAAUGUGGUCUGACAAAGUGUGAGCUAGGACCCUGUGGCCGCUCAGGAAUUCUCUUGCCCUUUGGACUGUAACUUCUAUACAAUGAACAUUAAGUGAUCUGACCAUGUGUCUGGUAAAUGAAUAUAUAGGAUACAAUAUCAAUACAUCAAGCAUAUUUCUAAGAUGCUAACAUGCCUGGUAUGCUACAUCCUCCCACAGUUCUUUCUCUGGAUGUGGAUAGUGUUCUUUCUCAUAAGUUCCUCUGUAUUGCCCUGGAUCAUUGCAUUACUGCCAGUAGAGAAGUGCAUUACAUUUGAUUGUGCCAUAAUGUAUCAGUCUCUGUGUAUAAUGCUCCUUUUGCUCUGUUCAGUUACUGGAGGUCUUUCCAGUUCAUAUGGAAUUCCUCCAGUUCAUUAUGCCUUUUGGUACAAUAAUAUUCCAUCACCAGCAGAUACCACAAUUUAUCCAGUUAUUCCCUAAUUGAUGGACAUCCUCCCCCAUUUUCCAAAUUUUUUGUCACCACAAAGAGUGUGGCUAUGAAUAUUUUUGUACAAGUCUUUGAAAGUCUAUCUUGUAAGGGGCAAUGAGAUGGCUCACUGGAUUGAGAGCCAGGCUUAGAGACCAGAGGUACUGGGUUCAAAUUUGGCCUCAGACCCUUCCUAGCUGUGUGAUCUGGGCAAGUCACUUAACCCCCAUUGCCUAGCUCUUGAUUCUAAGGCAGAAGGUUAGGGUUUUUUAAAAAAGUCUACCUUGUAGAAAAGUUGGGGAAGAAGAGACUAGAGAUAUUUCUUUUGACUCCCUUUGAGCCACACAAUGAUACCCUGUGAAUGUGAAAACCCCAUAUCUCAUAUUAUUAUGUAAUAUUUUAUGUAUUCUAUAAUCUUGUUUUACUUUAUAGCUAUUCUGUUUUAAUAUUGCUAUCCCUCCAUAAUUUAAACUUAUGAUGUUAAUCAUAAAAGACCACCAAAGCUGUACAUCCUUCUUGUCUGCUCUGUUAUGACUCUGUUCCUAAACUAGGCCACAGGCCUGGGCCCAAUCCAUAGGCUAAUGCCUUGUAACUGUUCAGCACAGCCUCUCUUUAGGCUGUCCUCUGCUGAAUCAUCACGGCAUACAGAGCAUUGGGGCUAAAGGCUGAGGUAAGAUACAGGACGAAGAUAUACUAGACAAUUUACUUGAAUCUGAUGGCACUACACUACUGAUAUCACCUCUGUGCAACUAGCUAUAUAAGGGGUCCCCUCUCAAGGUUAGUUGUUUUUGGUUGCUAACCAGAGUCUGUUUUUAUUGGGAGACCCAGCCCUCUCUCAAUAAACUAUUUCUUUUUGGACUGGAGAUUUGGUUUUAAUUUUUUGUGUAACGAGUUGCUACAACUCCCAAAAUACAGGUGGUUUUGCUAAGUGUGGAACCUUUCUCUCUACAAAUGGAUCAUAAAGAAAGCUUUCACUUGGAAAGGGAAUGGAGCAAGGGAACUGAGAUCACAACUGCACAAUUCAUGAAUGUCAACAUCAGAUGGAAUCAGAACCAGAGGAAGGCAGAAGAGCGUAGCCAUGUGUAAAAUGUAUACACUAGUGAGAAGACUAUAACUUUGGAGCUACAGAAAGGCCAUGGAACCAGGGAAGAAGGUCAUGGGGGAGCAGACACAAAAAACCUCAAACCUGACCUCUUCUGCAGAUGUUUAUGGAUCCAUCCAAUUUGGGCUUUUAGGAUCACACAUGGAGUGCUGGUAAAGAUUGAGAAUGAAUUCAUUUUCAAUGUCACGGUAAUGUGGGCAGUGUUCAUUGAGUCUCAUCCAGUCUCAAUCUGACUCCAUUGUGAGGAACUAGCUUUAUUACAAGAGAAUAUAGUAACAGAGUGGCUAAUAUAACAAGUAAGGUAAGGUAAGCAAAGGUAAAGAUAAAAAAGUAAGAGAGAAUAAGAGCAAGAGUGGGUAGGGAUUUUCAGGAAUGGUAGUUACUAAGGAAAGGGUCAUUUGUUUUGGCAGUUGUCCUGUGUUUCCAAGGAAAUGAUGUCACUUUACCCAUGGUCCACUUUGGGCUUUGUGACUUUACCCAUGGUUCACUCUGCCAACUGGGUGGGGAGGAAGAGCAAACUGCAAUGCAAAUGAGAUGCUAAUGAUAUGUUAAAUUCACUGGGGCAACUUUUAGUCAAGUUUUCCUUCUUUCUGCUCUGACUCUAAGAAGGGGAGUGAAUGUGGAAAUUAAACAUUAUUUGAACCUAAUCCUGUGUGAUUGGGAAACUGAAUCACCUGUACUUUGUUUCCAGAAACCCCCAACUAAGGACCUAGGUUAUGUCUAAACACUGAUGUGAGGAAUUUUCUCAUAAUUUGAAUGUAAGCAGCUUAUCCAUCUUAUAUGAAAGGUUGCCAUUCUAAUCAACUAGUUAUUGUUUCUAUGUUCUUUUGAUUAUGUACAGCUAGCAGGAUUUAUGGGACAUUUCAACAUAUAUCAGUGCUGCCCUGGAGAGUGGAUGCCACAUAUUCCAAUAAUUUUAUCAAAGUUAUCUGAAAAAAUACCUUUACUGUCUCUGAAGUAUUUUUAAUUUGGACUAAUUAAUAAACACCAUUCAUAUCUAGAAUUAGUAUCAGAAGGAGCUUGAAUUUCUCCCCUUGUAGAUAUUAAUAGGAAGAUGGACACUGUAAUUCUGGUGUAUCCAGAUCCACAAACCAUCUCUAAAAUAUCAGUUAUAAAUGGAAUCAUUGUAGUCCAAACAAAAUAGUAGCAAGAUCCAGAAAAUAGAAAAUUGGAGUUCAAUCCUUGCUUCUUUGGGGAAGCUUGAAUUAGGUCAGUGCAAUGAUUCAAACUUGAGAAUGGAACAGAAUGACACUUCUGAGUGUUUUGGUUUUGGACACAUGACCAUCUAUCAUUUAAAAAGUUUAUUUGGUUUUACACAGUUAUCAGGCUAUUCUUUAUUGACCUUGCUGCCCUAAGUCACAUGCCAAGACUUAAAGCUCUUAGAGGAACUGGAUUAAAGCCAAAGGGAGCCCUCUAGUAUUAGAAAGGAAGAGCUUUAAGAAAGGAGGAUGAAAGAUUUCUCUAGAAGGAAAAUAACUUUUAAUUUUAAUUUUUUUGUUCCUCUGAAGUUGAUAGGCAUCAGAAAAGCAUGAACAUUUCUAUAUAAAAGAAUAAAAAUAUAUUUGCAUAUUAAA